UGAAGGUUUUAGCUUACCUUUUUGUUUUUUUAAGAUUUUCAUGAAAUAUGAUUAACUGCAGAAGUGUUAGGGGGCUGUACAUAGGCAGAUUUAAAGAGAUCCAGUGCAUGGCAAAAGCAAGAAAUGGGAAAGCCAUCUUUCUACUGAUAGCUCAGUACUUUGUUGUUCCAAAGUACCAGGGCUACUGUACAACCAAACCAAUCCACUUGCAGAAUUUUUAGACUAAUAAUAGGUGAAAUAAUCUGUUGGUUGUUAUAAAGUACAAAGUAAACAGUUGAACACUAAGGCUGCCCUCUAUCUGCUCACAUGAGAAAAAUGCACUAUCACAGAAUAAAAUUACUUAAUAUUUUCACCUUACCUUCAUAUGAAAACAAAAAAGUUACCUAAGCUAAGAACUGCUCUCUAGUUCCCCUUCUUUUUUGUCAAGGAACAAGACAUUCCUUUGAAAACCCAUUAAGUGGAAUAGGAUUUUGGAGAAUAGAGUAUCUUACCCCAGUGCUCCUCUAACUUGAUUGAGAGAAGGUAAGCAAGAACAAGAAAAAAGGAGGCAAAGUACAGAAAAAAAUCAUUUCCUUCUGGCUAUGAGAAAAGUCAAAUUAAGCUGCUAGAUGGGUGAUAGCCACCUUAUUCCUAAUGGAUAACUCAAAAUUUAGCCAUUAAAUUGCUAAGAGAAUCAUAAGAAAUUAAGGGUGUUUCUCUGUAAAUCUUAGCUCUACCAUGAUGGCUCACAGUAGAUAAGUCUGGGGAGGGAGGAUGCUUUUGUGCUCUCAGUAAUUUUUUUUAAAACACAGAUCUACACCAGGUUUUCAUGGAGAAUUUUUUCAUGGAAUACAGAAAAGUGAUCUAUGUGACAUCUGCCUUCAAAUGUUGGCAGUUUUCUGUAAGCCAUUCAGUUCCUCAUCUGUUGCUUUUUCAUUUUGUGUACAUGUUCCCAAGCAACUCAGAUUUGCAAACACAGCUAUGGAUACACUAUAUGCCCUACAGUAGUUACCCAGGCAUCUAGGUCUGGUUUUUGUUGUUUUUCCCCUCCCUCCUAUUUCUUAAUCAUAUACAAAUAGCAUCGUUUACAUUUAUAGGUUGAUUUACAAGUUGUUCAAGACUAUAGCUUAGAGUUCGUAGCCUCUAGUUUGAUGCUAGGGAAGAAUGAGUAGUCAAGAACUGGUCACUUUGAACGUGGGAGGGAAGAUAUUCACAACAAAGAUUUCUACCAUAAAGCAGUUUCCUGCCUCUCGAUUAGCACAAAUGGUAGAUGGCCAAGACCAAGAACUCAAGAUGGUCGGUGGCCAGAUUUUUGUGGACAGAGAUGGUGUUUUAUUUAGUUUCAUCUUGGAUUUCUUGAGAACUCACCAGCUUUUGUUACCCACCGACUUUUCAGACUACCUUAGGCUUCAGAGAGAGGCUCUUUUCUAUGAACUUGAUUCACUGGUUCAUCUCUUAAACCGACACCUGCUACAGAAAGGACCUGCUGUCUUGGAGGUGCACUUCCUAAGCCGAAACACUCAAGCAUUUUUCAGGGUGUUUGGCUCUUGCAGCAAAACAAUCAAGAUGUUAACUGAGAGGAUUACAGUGUUUAUAGAGCAACCUUCAGCACUCACCUGGAAUAGCAACUCCUUCCCCCCGCAGGUGACCUUCCUUCCACUGCCUCCACAAAGACCUUCUUACCACGACCUGGUUUUCCAGUGCGGCUCUGACAGCACUCCUGAGAACCAAACUGGAGUCAGGUAUGUUUCUAUAAAACCUGAUAAUCGAAAAUUGGCCAACGGAACAAAUGUCCUCGGCUUACUGAUUGAUACCAUAUUGAAAGAAGGCUUCCAUCUGGUCAGCAGGACAGUAUCAUCUGAAGACAAAAGUGAAUGCUAUAGCUUUGAAAGAGUAAGAAGCCCUGAAGCAUUUGCCAUGAACAAAACACCAAAACCAGAGAUGACCAUCAUGUCAGAGCAAUCUCAGAAAAAGACAUAAAGUUGUGUGUACUGAGUAAAGGAAAACUGUCAUUUUCUUGUGUAGAAACUCUCUCCUUGGGCAUAUAUGUACAUAGUCAAAUCUUUACUCAGGCUUUUUGGCCUCCUAUUAUGUUACCUCUGGGCAAUCAGGCCCCUAGCAGUGCUUAAGCUGCUCUGAAUGGUCUGCUGAUCUCUCAACAAUAUGUGCUGGAUGAUAAUCACAUGUUCCUUCUACCAUCAAAGCCAGUUUGCC